AUGGGAGAAUUAGUUUUGAAGGUCGUUACUGGAACUGUAGAGUUCAUUGUCGAUAAACCAGAUGCUUCCCAAUACUUCCGUGUGAUCUCAGUUUCCCAUUCCGGUUCUGUAUCGUCCGACCUAAAAGUGGGUACAUUUAUAAUCUCUGUCGAUGGAAUCCCACUCAGUGGAUUAAGUCUUGAAGAGUUACAAUCCCUUAUUAACGACUCUGCCAGUUCGGGUGAAUUGAAAUUGAAAUUAAUGGAUAAUGAAGGCGAAAAAUAUUGUUCUUUUCAUUUGGAAACUGGUAAUAAACCAGUUUGUCGAAUGGUAGAUAAAGCAUCUGAAAUGGAAGCGGACAAAUUGGAAUAUGAGAACUUACGCAUCAUACAUAGACAAGCAUAUCGCUCUUCUCCAGAUGCGGUUAGAUCACAGCACAAUUCUGACUCCAAGUCAUUUUUACCAAACAGCUCAUUUGACAAACCUAGUCCGCAAAUAAAUUUCAAACCCAAGCACUCAUUUAAUUUUUCUCCUGUUACUGAUUCAUAUGGAUCUCACCUUGGCGCAGUUGCUAGAUUGGCUAUCGAUGGCGGACUUACUACUGAUCAACUGCUUCAAAUAGGAUCUUCAGAUGUAAACCAACCUGGACAUUAUUUAUAUCGUUCAGCUACCCAGUGUGAUCAAAAAGAAGUGGUUCCAGAUUCAAAAUAUAACCUUUCAGAUCCACGGAUCACAAAGCUUUUGACCUCUCACUCUUCACUCCACUCACAUCCUUGUCGUAUAUCUCCUCGAGGAACUAGAAGACCCGUCUUUUAUAGCUCUAACCAGUCUGUUCAGAUUAUCAGAGGCUCUGGUGUCACUGCCGCAUAUGAUCAGUCACGCGUUACUGUUUCUCCCAGUCAUACAUCUGUUGGUCAUCAUCGGUUAUCUCAGUGGUCUGCAUCUCGUGAUAAUCCACAUCAUAUUAGUGGCAGUAACCGUGUUUCCUUUCCGCUCAAAUGA